UUCAACCUGCAUAUUUCCCCCACAGUAACUUGGUAAUUCCUCACCCUUCGAUUUUCUCCUACUUCCUCUUUUCCCACACAGUUAAAGCAAGAAUUACAGCGCUUCCUAUCGUCCGAUAUUCAGCUGCCGAGCAAUAUAGGGAUUGGUGCCUGUUGCCAGGGGUUUGACUAUCUGCUGCAAAGGUAGUUUGCAUGUUAUCUGGAAGAGAAGAAUGAUAUCAGAAUGAUUUCUGCGAGAAGGGUGGCAGAAAAAUAUCCGUUGCAUUAUUUGGUUUGGCAUAAUAGAUACAAGGAUCUGGAAAAGGAACUUAGCACCAAGCAGGUUGACAUUGAACAACUUGACCCAAGAGGUCGGACUUCAUUGCACCUUGCUAUUACGCUUGGAUACCUGGAGUGUACAAGAGUAUUACUAAAACAUGGCGCUGAUGUUAGUAAGGAAAAUCGUAAUGGAUGGACAGGUCUCCAAGAGGCAAUAAGUACAGGGGACCUGGAGCUGGUGCAACUUGUCCUUCGAUAUCGCGAUUACCAAAGAUCUAUUAAACGACUGUCAGGGAUCCCUUGUCUAUUAGAGAAACUCCGUCAGGCACAGGACUUUUAUGUUGAAAUGAAAUGGGAGUUUACAAGCUGGGUUCCCCUGGUCUCCAAGAUCUGCCCAAGCGACACUUAUAGGGUUUGGAAAAGUGGUCAGAAUCUGCGGGUCGACACGACAUUGCUUGGCUUUGAUCACAUGACCUGGCAGCGAGGUAACCGCAGCUUUGUCUUCAGAGGACAAGACAACUGCGCAGUUGUAAUGGAGAUUGACCACGAUCGACAGAUGGUUUACUCAGAAACUCUGUCGCUGGCUAAUUAUGACCGGGACAUGCUGUUGGCUGCCGUGCAGCCCUCAGAGGAACAGGUGGCAAGCCGUCUCUCCACCCCCAUCGUCACUACACAACUAGAUACCAAGAACAUCUCAUUCGAAAGAAAUAAAUCUGGAAUCCUGGGCUGGAGAAGUGAGAAGACCGAGAUAAUAAAUGGAUAUGAGUCCAAGGUUUAUGGAGCUUCCAAUGUGGAACUAGUUACUCGGACAAGAACGGAGCACCUGUCAGACCAGAACAAGAGUAAAAGCAAGGGGCACCGGCGACACAAACCUGUUUCAACAGCGUCCACUCUGUUGGUCCACCAACGAGUUAUCUCACCGAGCAGCCAGAAGAUCAGAAGCAGUAAAACACCUCUUCAGUCUUUCCUGGGCAUUGCAGAACAACAUGUUGGACCACACAAUGGGGCAUUCAUUACUCAGACAUUCAGCAAUACCAACCCAACAUCCAUUACUGCAGAGGAAUACUUCAACUUGAGCUUUGACCUGGGAAGUCGAGAUAUUGGACGUUCUAUGGAGCUCACCACUAAAACACAGAAGUUCAAAGCAAAACUCUGGCUGUGUGAGGAUCACCCACUUUCCCUCUCUGAGCAGGUAGCUCCCAUCAUCGAUCUAAUGGCAAUAAGCAAUGCACUUUUUGCUAAACUUAGGGACUUCAUCACUCUUCGGCUCCCCCCAGGAUUUCCAGUCAAAAUAGAAAUUCCAAUUUUUCACAUCUUGAAUGCUCGUAUCACCUUUGGGAACCUGAAUGGCAGCGAUGAACCUGUAACCUCCAUCAGGAACAGUCCUACCAGUGAGGCUCCAUCUCCCAGCAGUGAUACGUCCAGUGUGAGCAGCUCCAGCUCCAUGACGGAGAGCGGCGCGAGCCGGGCGGACGUGAGGUCAGGGCAGAGAGGCAGUUGGGAAGCUUCGUGUCGUGGCUGUGAUAUGGACCCAGCGCUCUUUGAAGUACCCAGAGGCUACACUGUGGUUGGCAGCAACCGGGAUUCUCUGAGGGAAGAAGAUGAUGAUCUCUUACAGUUCGCUAUUCAGCAGAGUCUGCUGGAAGCAGGCACUGAAUAUGACCAGGUGACCAUCUGGGAAGCACUGACCAACAGCAAGCCAGGAACACGCCCGAUGAUGUGUGAGGAUAGAAAAGGAGAAAGAACACCACAACACAAUAUUCUCAGUCAGCCCAGCACCCAGCACAUACCCAGCAACCAACUAUACCCCAACUAUGAUGAGCAGCUGCGACUGGCUAUGGAACUCUCUACAAAGGAGCAAGAGGAAGUAGAGAAACGUAAACGGCAGGAGGAGGAAGAAUUGGAACGCAUUAUUCAACUUUCACUCACUGAGAAAUAGUAUCGCCACUCGAUUGUGCUUUCGUAACAGAAUUUUUUAAAGAUAUAAAAAUUAAAGGUAAAAAGACAAUAUGUAAGGUCACCAGUCCAUGCAUUACUUUUGGGCACAAAAGAGUGUCACAGUAAAGCAAAACGCAAGGCUGGUUUACAGCCACACAAUUGUGCAUUGAAAGCGCACCAUUGAAAAAUGCCUGAAUAGCCCAUAUUUUAUUCUACUGUCUUUCACAUAAUUCUUUGUACUUGGUUCAAGAACAACAAUAACCAGAGGUUUAUUUGUUUCCAAUAUUGAUUACUUUAGGUCAUGGCGACAUUUUACGUCAGUGGAAAAAAUGCUAUUAGACUAUUGGCUAUCUGAAUUGGAGCCAUUACAUGCAACUGGUCUUUUGUGUUGGAACAUUGUUCUCUAACCUCUAGGGUUUAGAACUGAACCGAGUUCAUACAAAAUGCUUUAAGGAGUCUCCCCUGCCCCAUCUCCCUUGUUUUAUAAAGAUCUCUUAUAAAACAAUGGAUACCUAAUUCCACUCCAAACUGCACAUAAAACUUGUUAGUACAACUUCUAAUGAGGAAACGUACAGACCUGAUGAGAAAUGCCACAGUGGUGCAGUACAGGAAGACACUGUGUGUGGUUAGAAUCCAUGCUCAUUAUCAGGGCAGUAUAGUUUCUGUGUCCUACACAUCAUACUGGGAAACCUGAUUGAUAACAGCUCUAUGCAACUGUUCAUUACAAAGUGGACCAAAUCUCAAUUUAUAUUGACACAACAGCGUUGAGCUCAAGGUCCUAAGACGACAAUUGGACCAAUGCACCUUCUAAAAGCUAGAUUUAAAGCAAACGGAAGAGGAGUGUCCACCUCUUAUGACAUCAUGUUAGCCAAGCCUUGAUUCAGUGCAAAAUAGUUUGAACUUUCUAGCAAUGCCAAGCCAGAAAGUAAUCAUUUUGCUUGGAUGACUUAACGCACGGUCAUGGUCAUUUUCUGAACCUUUGCUACAGUGGAAUGUUCAUUCUCAAAUGUCAAUUAUGAGAAAAUUAUUGAAAUAUCAAAAUAACUCGGCUCCAAAACUGCAAGUAUCAAUUUUCAGAACAAUGUGAAUAAAAUGUUUUAAAAUCUCACUCUUUAAUUCUAAGUUUAUAAAUGUAAUUCUUGAAAUAUUGAAACCUCCAUUGGGUAUUUUGCAAAAUGACCAGAUUAUUGGUUAAUCUUGGUUUUCCUAAUUUUGGAACUUGUUCCCUGUUCUGGCAUUGGUAUUGCAGACAUAGACACUAACUUUUACACUAAAACUGAUCAAGUGAAUCAUCAGAUCUAACAUAGCUAUUGUUGAUCAGUCGUAAAGACACAGUGUAAUGGUGACCCUUUUGCUUUCACAUUGAUGAAUUUAUUUGCAACUCACAAGGCCACCAAGCAAUUGAGCUGACUUUGACUGAUACCUUGACCAGAGCAGAUAAAUGUUGCAGUUCUUGGCAACAUCAUCAAAUGACUUUGUUAACAGCUGUAGAACAUUAUAAGAUUGUGAAAAAUGUAUGUUUGCUAAAAAUCAAUGUUCAGUGUUUAGCUGAGAGUUGAAAUGUCAGUUCUCCAGACUGAGAGAAUAUAGGUAAUUAAUAUACGGCAACAAAAAAGUAUAAGAGGACUGAAAAGAAGCUUAUUUUGGCUUGACUGUCAGAGAUUUUUUGAAUCAGUGUAUUUCACAGAUGACACAAAGCUCGGCUGCGUUGUAAACAGUGUAAAUAUAGAAGUCAAAUUACAAAAUGAGAAAAUAGAUUGAGUAAUUUGGCAAAAGCCAUGGCAAAUAGAUGUCAAUGAAAACAAAUGUAACGUCAUCCACUUAGGAACCAAAUGCACUUUCUGGGUGUUAAAAUGUUACAAGCAGUAAAGGGUGCAAAGAGAUUUGGGAGUCUCAGAAUAUCAUGGACAGGAACAGAUAAUAAUCCAAAAGGCUUUUGGUAUGCUGGCUUCUAUAUCUAGAAGAAUAGAACACAAAGGAUAAAAGCUAAACCACUGCCACCCAAAGCCCUGGUGCAGUUUUGCACUACGCCAAAGGGAUGAGAGUGGAACAUACAUUUAACAGGAUGAUACCUGGUCUCUAAGGAUUAAAUUGCAGGAGAGGUUACACAAACUAGCAUUUUAUUGCAUAUAAUUUGGAAGAUUUGGGCUGAUUUAAUUCAAGUUUUCAAGAUGUUAAUAGGUAGGGAUAGAUAAAACAGAUUGUGAAAAAAAGACUUUCUUUCUAUAGUCUUGAACAUCCAAGAAUAAGGAGAAUUUAAAACACUAAGCCAGGCGUUUCAGAAGUGAAAUUAAGAAGCUCCUCUGUAAGCAAGGGAGCUCAAAGUUUGAAAAUCUCUUUUGCAAAUGGCAACAAUGCCAUUGACCUUGUGCCAGAUCAAUUGUGAAUUUUAAAAUAAAGGUUGUUAGAUUUUUGUUAGCAGAAGAUAUUAAAGGAUAGGGCAAAGGUGGAGUUAGGUUGAAGAUCAUUGUGAUCUCAUUAAUAAGUUCCCUCCCCCUGCUCCUAUGUAUCUUUGAAUAUCAUUGUACAAGUCUGGAGCACGUCACCAACAAGUAGAGAACAACGGAUGAAUGUUUCAUCAAAGGGGUCAGAUAACAUAAGCCAUAAAGAAUAAGCAUUAUGAAUUACUUUGACAUCUGAAGUCACCAUGUACUAUUAUUUUAUAGGGCAUUUAUUGCAGUGUUUUGAUAAAGAUUAAGAUGUUCUGUACACAGUUGCUAUGGGGGCAUGUUAUUUUUCAGCAAUGGUUGCCAAAGGUGACUCAGAAUAUUCAGUCAUUAAUGCAUGAUAAAAUAUUCCAUGAAAACAUAAAUGAAUCAUAACAUCUCUAGCAAAGAGUUUAAUCAACCACUGGUAUUUUCACAGUGAUAUGAAAUAACUGGCAUCUCCCCAUAGUAAACUUCUAAUUACUUACCAUAAUGAUAAUUAGCAAAGAUGUCAACAGUUUUUCAGGGACGCUGGGUGCACUGCCCAUCAACAUCUGUGCAAUAUCUGCAAAGAAAGAUAAUGAUCCAUUCAGAAUAAAAUUUAAUGGAGAUGCUUUGAAGGCUGUUCUUGCAUCUCAACAUCCAGUUAAUAAUGGUGAUAAACUUUUAUGCUAUACACGACAGGAAACAUAAGUGAAAAACAUGUUAGUUAGCAGUAAGAAAGGAAGGUACAAUGUUUUACACCGGUGGAAUAACAUUGAAAAAAAGAAUUUAUGAAGAUUGUAAGAUAGUUUCUAGAGAAGUAAUCUGGUGAGAAAUUAAAUAGUUGGGUUAAGGAUAUACUAGAAAAGUGCAGGUUAGUUGGAACUAAAACUUUCUUCUGAAAUGCCUGAAAUAAAUUUAAGACUGAUUUAAAUUUCAUCUUGAAAUAAGACAGUGGAAUAAAGUUAAAUACUAAUUAUGUGGCUAUAUACAGUUUUUGAGUUGUGCUGAUUUAACUGAUGCGUGCUUCCACCUCUUCAAAAAGCCGUUUGAUAAUCUGGGGACUAUCUCCAUUUGCAGCUUCUUUUCACAUCCAUUUGACAGCUGCAUCAUAGCAAUGUGGCAUUUUCAUUGAUUCAGGCAAUUGGAGCAGCCUCAUGGAGAGAUAUAGUGAUAAACCUUCUUUAAGAAAGGAUCAGAAAUUACAGAAACUCAUUUCUACAGAGACCGUAGGCUACAAAACACAUUCUGAAGGCCACAAUAGACAAUGAGUACUUAAAGGUUUGCAUCUGAUUUAUUUUAAAAAUCUGCAUUCAUACUGUCUCUUUACCAUUUGGGUCUAUAUGUUUCUAAUUCUGUAACUAAACGACAGGCUGAGUUCACAUGAUCUUAACUUACUGGAAAUUUGAAGAGAAUGACCCAGGGAUUGGAUUACGGCUGAAUUGGGAUGUAUUCUUUCAAACCAAUGUGAUGGCUGUAGAACUACUGCAGAUUGAUCUACCAGUCUCACAAGGAUAAUACCAGCCGACUAGCGUCAUCAGUUUUCUGCAGUCCAAUUUCAUGAGCAACCACUCUUAAUAAAAGAAACAAAACCUCUUCAACUUCCACAAUGGAUGCAAAGUACAGUAAGUGUGUGAUUAUUCCUCAGCAUAGGCUCCAAAGAAAACCUUGCAACUCUUUCCAAAGGUAAUCUUAUUCAUAUGUUUCAAGCUGUCAUUUUCCAAUUGAACAUGUCAACGUGAGCAAUUGGGCUUGAUAGAUAUCUGCAUAAUGAUGGAUGCUGAUAGAUGACGUUCACGAGCAUUUUGAGACCACAAUUUGAUCUAUACAUAAUGGAAGUGGCAUGAAGUCUAAGACAGUUAUAGUGCAAUUGCGGUUUGGCGGAACUGUCACAUUAAAAAUAUAAAUGAAGUGUUUUAGGCUACCUUGAGUUAUAGCAAGUGCAGUUUAAACAAUUUCCUGUUUGCAGUUAUAGGUUUCUCACAAGGGAUCCAAAAAGCCUUCUGGCUCCAUCACUCUUAGUGCAGUAUCUUCUUGCCCUAUUAAAUAGUAUAGUUGUGAUCAAUAGUUUUGUUAUGCGGGGGAGGGAGGAAUUAAUCAGUUUGUUUGGUAUGCAUAAUGACGUUGUAAAUGCAGUAUUUUUGAAUUAAUGUACAAUCUUAUGUGAUGACUCGAUUAAUACGUGGUUAUUUCCAUUCAUAAAGAAUCUUGGAUGAAACCUGACUGACCUUAACAUUUCACACCAUGGCGUGUGCAGCAGCAACCUUUUAAAUGCACAUGUAGUGACUAUAUUGGGUUCAGCCAGAUGAACCUUAUAGACUAGGAGUUCAUGAUUGGGCCUGUUAAUCUGGUCCCGUUAGGGAACCUUGGCUGACAGAUAAAAGGGGAGUGUCCGAGAUACUGGCACUCUGAGAGCUGACUCUGAAGAGGCAGUACUAAGCUCAAGGACUGUUCACAAGUAAACAAAAAGUGAUUUGGUGAUAGGAUACUGGCCUGUAUGGAGCUAUUUCAGUACAGUUAGAACUUUAAAGGGCCAUUGUCUUCAUGAGUGAUUUUAUCAACUUCUUUCCAGAAAAUAAACUCAUUUUGCAAAAAUAAAAUGAACAAACCCACACAAGUGCAAGAGAGCAAUUUUAUAUACAUAUUUCUGAGAAGUCAAGGGACAAGGACAUGGUUGUUGAGUAGAGUGCUCUAAGUAAUAGUCUUAUCAACCAAGCACUUAAAUGUGAAUCAACAUGUCGAGCAUUAAUUCUACAAAUGAGGGAAUCCUGCCCACAGAUGACUGCACUUGGAUUACCGAGUUAAUGUGGAGUCUGUUGUUUGGCUCUUUAUAUCCAUAGGGAGCUAAAACUCAAACAAUUACUAGUCUAAGUGAUGCAGCUAACAGUAGGAUGCUUUAAAAUAAUCCCUAGGUGUCAAUUUUUUUGAUGCAGGAGCUUAUUACAUGAGAGGGAAAUCCAAUGCCUAUGGUGCUUUAGGUUAUGAAAGGAUGUGUUUCACAAUUUACCAAGUGCUGGUAUAUUAUUAUUUAUGAGCUUGAUGUUUUAUCUCUUAGAACGUAUUUUUCAAGAAAAUGGAGUAGGCAUUAGGAAAAUUGUUUUCUAUGAUUUCAGAUUUGUCAACCAAACAUUAAGUUUUCAUUAAUUUCAUCGAGCUGUGGGUGGUUUAGUGUGACAUACUAAAAUAAAUUAAUGCUAGAAAAUUAAUAUAGGCAGUUUUAAAUUGGAGUUUAAAUUAAAUAUUUGUCGUUAAAGGCCAAAUUUAUUGAAAUCAUUGAAGGUCAUGGAAACACCUUUAACUGCCUGCACCAAGUGAACUUGAUUCUGAAUAUCGUAGUUUCAUGAAAUUCAACACAGAGUGAGGGAAUAGAUCUUAUCUCAGACAAUUCUCCCAAGGCAACGUGCAUAAUGGAGCCACACCGUCCAAAAGACACAGGGAUUGACAGAGGGUGAGAGAACAAUGUCUCCAUCUCCUUUUUUGCACCAGUUUCCAUCAGCCCUCUUCAAAUGAAUUGACAGAACUUCCCUCCACUGUAUGUCCCCUCUCAACCCUACCCCCUCAGACAUGGAAGCAAAUGUGUUAAGUUACCCUAGGCCAUUCUCAACAAGCACCCAGCAAUCAGACACAGUCAUCCGCAAAAUAAAGUCACUCACCUCUUACUGGCUCAUCAAUGUACUUCUGAGAGCGGGACAAUCUAACAGAAGUCUAAGGCACAAAUAAAAGUGAAAAUACAUACUUAUUAAAUGUAUAAACAAGUGAUAACUAAAAUCUUGAGGUAGACCUGAAAUUACACUGUAGAAUAAAUGACUGUGUUCAAAAUAACAGAGUAAGAGUAUAAAAAGACUUCAAUAUUGACCAGUUGUCAGCUUCAAAAUCUGUUAGACAGAUUGAUAUGCUUUGGACAGGUUUCGAGAUAAGAAUUUACAUUCCAAGCAUUUGAUCGGAAUCUAUUGAAAACUUGGUCCACUCCAGUCAUAUGACACAAAAAAAGGAAAGAAAAUUGACUUCUGCUUUAUAACUGUGUGUGUGUGUGUGUGUGUGUGUGUGUGUGUGUGUGUGUGUGUGUGUGUGUGUGUGUGUGUGUGUGUGUGUGUGUGUGUGUGUGUCUGUGUUCAGGUUAAGCUUGGACAAUAUACCACAUUCUGGAUCAAGUCAAAAAUAGGAAUCACUGGUUAAAAACUUGGUGCUUAUUAAGCAACUCUGGCCCAGGUUAGUAAUUAAUCAGCCAAACCUUUUUCUCCCCAAAAUAUCCUCCUGCCUCUGUAAAUCAGAGAGAAACAUUCCCAGUGCAAAGCAAAAUGCAAAAUGUUUCCAUGUUUCUUUAACUCCAGUUCUGAAUGUAUGUGUGUGCAAAAUGAUUCAUUACAGUUAUUGAAAUUAAAUAUAAAAAGAAGAAUCCCCAAAAUGAUUCACGUUAUCUUUCUCUGCUGGUAACUUUAGAAAGAUUAUCUGAGCUGUGCAAUUCACAAAUGUUUGGAAUUGCAUUUGUUGAUCUGUUGAGUUGGUAGCACAAAUUCUAAGUUUUCCUGUAUAUUUUUGUCCAUUUCAUACAUUGUUAUUUCCAAGUACAUCUGUUUUUACCUUAAGAAAUGUUUGCAAUCUACACACCUACUCACCAGAAAAUCUUUUAAAUCUCAAGUAAAGGUCUAUAAAACCUAGGCACAGUGGCUCAAUGGUUAGUACUGCUGCCUCAUACCACCAGGGACCUGGGUUCAAUUUCAGCCUUGGGUGACUGUGUGUGCAGGGGGUGAGGUGGUUUGCAAAUUCUUUCUAUGCCUUUGUGGAUACCCUCCAGGAGCUCUGGUUUCCCCCCCACAGUCCAUAGAUGCAAGGUUAGGUGGAUAGGCCAUGCAAAGUUGCUCAUAGUGCCCAGAUUGCAGAGGUUAAGUUGAUUUGCUGUGGAAAAUGCAGGAUUACAGGGAUAGGAUGGGGUGAGUCCAAGGGCUGAAUGACCUACUCCCACACUGUAGGGAUUUAAUGAUCUCACCUGCCAUCACUUUCAGAACAAUUUGAAGUAAUACUUUCUGUAAUCAUUCACCAAAACGGAGACAAAUAAUGUAGGAUUUUUACAUCCUCAAAUUAAUAUUAAAGAGGAGGCCAUAUUUCAUUUCUGAAUACAAAAAAAAAGACAAAACACUUGUUGGUGAUUUUAGGGCAUGAAAUCUUACACGCCCAGCCACUUAUGAGUAGUGCUAACUGCUAGAAAUUAAUAUGAGGUUCCAGAAAGCAAACUAUCAUUAGAUGCACAUGAUGUAGCAUAAGACAUGUUUGACUAACACCCUUCUCCCCACCUUUGCUGCUCAAUAUGACCCAUUGUCCUCUUAGGAGCAUUGGCCUGUAAAAAAUAUCUAUUUUGUAGUAUUUUUCACCAUACUGUAUGCCUCAAAGUGUUUUUUAGCCAAUGAAGUGCUUUUUUUGAUGCAUACUCACUUUGGCAUGUUGGAAAUGUGGCAACCAAUUUGCAGACAGCAAUCUCCCACAAACAGCAAUGAAAUCAUUUCCAAAUAAUUUGUUAUUGUAAUGUUGAUUGAAGGACAACACCUCUGCUGUUCUAUUAAAAAAGGUGCAUGGGAUCUUUUACGUCCACCUAUGAAGUCAAAUGGAGAGUUGGCUUGGCAUCUGAUCUGAAAGACAACCCUACUGACAAUGCACAGCUCCCUCAGUGCUGUAUUAGAUUGCCAAUGUGUUCAAACUUUGUGUUCAAACUUUGAAAUGGGCUUUGAACUUAAAACCCUAUGACCCAGAGGCAACAGUUCAACCAACUGAGUCAAUGUGGACAUACAAGAGAACAUUCCUGUUCAUCCAACUGGGGAUGAAGGUUAUAGACUUCAUGUAUCAUCCCAUCGAUUAUUUUCUUACAUACCUCACAAAGGUUAGGAUAAUUUAUGGUGGCAAGCAAAUACAUCGAGGAACAUUUCCCAUUCACAUCUAGAAAUGUAACAUUUUAGGUUGAACAUAGCUAAUUAUCUAUGGUAGGGUUGCACCAUUUGACAUUCUGUUUGUUAAAUGACAAACUCAAAAGGAAUGAUUGGAUUAAUAAUCACCAUCCUGAAAUUGCAACCGUGAGAUGACAUUUUCACAUUAAUUUCAAGCAAAAAGUAUUUUCUGUACCUAAUCAUUUAUAUUGUGAGAAAAUUGUUGUCAAAUUUACUCGGGUUAACUUUCCCAAAGUGUCUUUGUGUAAACAUAAUGUUUAAACCAAAGCAAUAGAAAUUUGUUUCUAUUAGCACACAAGAAAUGUGAACAGCUGCAUCUUUUAUGCACAACCUAAAUUUCCCGUUUCAAAUCCAAUUACUUGUAGGCAUAUUAUCUACUGUUUAAGUUAGCAAGAAAACUAAUGUGAUAAAAAUUCAAAUUUUCCUCAAAUUGUUUUCAUAAAUUAUUUUGCUAACAGUAACAAUUUGAAUUAGAUUGGUUGUUCCUAACUACUUAACAGGAAGUGUAAGAGUAUGCCAUGAUAAAAGUUGUGAUUUGGUCUAAAUUUUCCAAGUAACUCCAUUAGAAAAUUUCUGUUUAACCCGCUCAAAGAUGCUAUUGCACACCUCUGAAUCAGGUGGAAUUUGAACCUAGAUCUCCUGCCUCAGAGAUAGGGACAUUAUCUCUGUGUCACAAGCAUCCCAAACAGCUGUUUUAUGCAAAUACAAUUGUUAUGCUAUUGAUUAAUAAUGUUCUUAACAUAACCUUCUCAAAAGAUUAGGUCUGAUCUGAUACCAAUAAAUACUAUCUUGAGAGUCUGACUUAUAAAUGCAUUUGACAACAGUUUAACAAGUAGAAAUCGUAAACCUGUUGAGAAAAUAAACACUUGAUUCCACAGAACAAUCUGUUAUUACAAGAUUCUGGUUGUAUAACUCCUCUUUCUCCUGAUCCCAGAAAAAGAUCAGCUAUACCUGAGGUGUGCAUUGAUCUCCAUAAGACAACACAUCAACUAGAUUGUUUACAGCUGUGAGUUUGUAAUAAAGAGAUUUAUGGCACUUUAUGUAAGACAACCUUAGUUUUUACAGAGAUUUUCUCUCUACUUCCUAUGAAAGAUGGAAGUCUGAUUUAAUUGCUUUAGUGUCUGGGCUUAAUUCAAAGAUGGGAACCUUAAAAAUUGAUUUUACUUUCUCACAAGUGCCAACGUUAUCCAACAUUAAGUGGGACAGUGGAGGCAUAAAUUCUGAAUCCUUAAAGUGCAACAGCUGUGGCUCACUAGAGGGUUCUUUUUAAAGGCAUAAACUAAAGAUGAUCCAAAUGGCCUGAGAUCAUCUCCAGAUAUUCUUUGAUCACCUGCCAACAUCUCUCUUGAAAAUAUCCUGGCCUUCCCAUUUUGUGUUUCAAUGUUAUCAAUGGAUAAGCCCAUCCGGCUCUGAGGAUUGAGCUUGGAGUUUGAUUUGGAAGCUGCUUUAUUUCUUUUAUAAAUUGAACUCAUUUUGUGAAGAAUUUUAAGUUUAUGCAACAGCUGAAAGGCUGCUGAUAAAAGGUCAGUCAUCUCCAGCGCCACUCAUUGUUUAUAUUAGACUAGUGGCAAAAUAACACGUGUUUCUUAAAACACAGAGCAGCAGUACAAACAGUGUGAUAUUGUAAUCGGCUGUGUUGAAGAAGUUUCUUAUGAAAAUCAAUAACACUCAGAGCUCAUCUCUGGUGCUGCCCUGCCUCUAUAAUACUCCUUACCAUAGAUUUUCAUUGGUUGCUAUCCAACAUGACACAAUCCCAGUUGUGCUUUAUGGAGCCUGUUAACAUUCAAGUGAUGUGUCUGCUUCCCCUUAUUAUGGAACACACACGGUUCUGAGUCAGUCUUGAUUGUCACUGGAACUUAAGAGUUCAAUGCUCAGUGUCCCUGCAUGCGAAUCCAGUAUUCUACCUCUAUAACCACUGGGCCUUCAAGAAGGGGCAUUUCUUUAUUAGGAAGGCAGCCAUAAACAGUCAAUACUGUAUUCAUGAUGAUCAGUAUCUCAAGACUGCUACAGUUAAGAGCUGGCAUAAGACAGAUCAAUUCUGUCAAGGUAAUACUAAUUGAUACUGAAAGGCUUAAGUAUGUCCUAAUUUUGUCUCUUGUUCCUUUGCAUUGUAAACCAAAUACAUUAUAUACCCACAGGCAGUGGUACAGCCAUUUGAGAAAGACUGAGCAUCCAUUUGUCUAGCAUCCUAAGUACAAAACACUAAUAGACACUGUACAACUGCAGUACAUAGUAUGGACUACACUUCACACAAUUUUUAUCUGCAACAUGACUCGAGAUCAUAAAUAAAUACAUCUCAAUAGAAUGUCAACAGCUUGGUGGAAACUGCUCAAUACCGAAGCAAUACACUCUCAACUCUUAGCUAGGGGUGUUUGUAGUUACAGCCUGCUUACUAAAGAAUGCAAUUUUUAAAAUGUUUGGUGAAUGUGGAGAUAGAUUUACUUGAAUCCAAUGUUGAGGAAACAAAACUGCCCAUUUAUGGUGUGUGACAUUUCUGCUCAUGUCCUUUACAAUCAAUUUGAUUUUAACAUGCAAAUUUUCAAAUGGAGAUGUUUACAUGAUUUGUUGAGUUGAGUUAUUAUUUGAUAACCAAUGUUUCAGGCUGAGGAGACCAAUUAACUAAGGUUUUAGUGUAAUCUCUAUGGUGCUGUUGAAUAAAAUUUGAAAUACAAUUUUA